ACUCUAGAGGUCGGGGCGUGUCUCACAGUUGACGUUUGUGGGGGGGGCAAAGCAACAGCUUGCGGCGAACCUUUGGAGAUCACUUUUGAACGCGCCCAGAGUGGAGCACGAAAAUGGCAGAGGGUGCGAGCGAGCAGAGGAGGCCUUUGCUGACAUCAGAGGAGGAAGCAGUGCUGGACCGAGGGAACACGAGCUCCACCCUGUACACCAACUUUGAAGCGGAGGAGCUCGAAAGUCACAGGGCGCUGUACGUCAGCAUCCGCAUGCCGCUGGGCCGACACAGCCGACGGCGCCACCGCCACCGCGAACACAGACAUCAGCAGCGGAAGCACGAUUGGCCGGAGCACGACAAUGCGGCCGAGCCGCCUUCUUACGAGCUUUUGUUGUGGACACCCAUAGACAUAAUCGAAAUCCCAGACACACCGUCGCAGAGGGUCCAGUUUAUCUUGGGCAUGGAGGACAACAAUGAGGAGCACGUCCCCCACCAACUCUUCAGUGAGCUGGACGAGCUGGCCUUCAGGGACGGAGAAGUCCUGGAGUGGAAGCAGACGGCCAGGUGGCUGAAGUUCGAGGAGGCCGUGGAGGACGGCGGCGAGCGUUGGAGUAAACCGUACGUGGGCUCGCUGUCGCUGCACAGCCUGUUUGAGCUGCGGGCGUGCAUCAUGAACGGCACCGUCAUCCUCGACAUGCGCGCCAACGCCAUCGAAGAGAUCGCAGACCUGGUGAUCGAUAGCAUGGUGUCGUCCGGCCAGAUGGACGAGCACGUCCAAGACAAGGUGAGGGAAGCCAUCCUGAAGCGCCACCGCCAUCAGAUCAAGAAGAGGCUGAGCAAGCGCAUCCCCCUGGUACGAUCCUUCACGGACACAGGAAAGAAGCAUUCCGACCCUCAUCUACUGGAACACAACGCAGGCCUUCUGACGUCCCCUCAGUCGGCUCCUGGGAACCUGGGCGCCAACAGGGCCCAGGAAGGUGCCGUCAACGCGGGCAGUUGUGAAAACAGUGCAGUUGACUUAACCAAGGUGGACAUGGACUUCAUGAAGAAGAUCCCCCCUGGGGCCGAAGCCUCCAACGUGCUGGUGGGGGAAGUGGACUUCUUGGAGCAGCCCAUCGUUGCCUUCGUUCGCCUGUCGCCCGCCGUGCUCAUCUCCGGACUCACCCAGGUGCCCGUGCCCACCAGGUUCCUCUUCCUCAUGCUGGGUCCAUUUGGAAAAGGUCCGGAGUACCACGAGAUCGGACGCUCUAUGGCAACGCUCAUGACGGAUGAGAUUUUCCAUGACGUGGCCUACAAGGCUAAGGACCGCAAAGACCUGCUGUCAGGACUGGAUGAGUUCCUGGAUCAAGUGACCGUGCUCCCACCUGGCGAGUGGGAUCCCAGCAUCCGGAUCGAACCUCCCAAGAAUGUCCCCUCUCAGGUAAAGAGGAAGACUCCCUCUGCCCAGAAUAGCUCCAUCCACAGCUGUGACGUCAAUGUAGUGGAGCAUGAUAUCGGACCAGAACUGCAGAGGACGGGAAGGCUAUUUGGCGGUCUGGUCAAGGACAUCCAGAGGAAGGUGCCCUUCUUACUCAGUGACGUGAUUGACGCCUUCAGCCUCCAGUGUUUGGCUUCCAUCCUCUUCCUUUACUGUGCCUGCAUGUCGCCCGUCAUCACCUUCGGAGGCCUGCUCGGAGAAGCCACCCAUGGAAACAUCAGCGCCAUCGAAUCUCUGUUUGGGGCGUCCAUGACGGGCAUGGCUUACUCUCUAUUCGCGGGUCAGCCUCUGACCAUCCUGGGCAGCACCGGGCCCAUCCUAGUUUUCGAGAAGAUCCUCUUCAAGUUUUGCUGUGACUACAGCCUUUGUUACCUGUCCCUGCGGACCAGUAUCGGUCUGUGGACCGCCUUCUUGUGCCUGGUGCUGGUGGCCACCGACGCCAGCUCCCUGGUCUGCUACAUCACGCGCUUCACGGAGGAGGCCUUCGCCGCCCUUAUCUGCUUCAUCUUCAUCUACGAGGCCCUGGAGAAGCUGCUGCACCUUGGGCACAUCUACCCGAUCAACAAGGGCAACCACUUGGACAACCUGACCCUCUACACGUGUGAAUGUUCUCAACCCACCAAUACCUCGGAAGAGAUCCGCGAGAUCUGGAGGAGGUGGGACUACAACUCGUCGGCUAGCAUCCCGUGGAAGAACCUCAGUGUGAAGCGCUGUCUGACUUUGCGAGGUCAGUUUGUGGGUGCGGCUUGCGGUCACAACGGUCCCUUCGUACCUGACGUCCUUUUCUGGUCGAUCAUUCUCUUCUUCGCCACCUUCUACUUGUCUACCUUCUUCAAAGACUUCAAGAAUAAGAAAUUCUUCCCCACGAAGGUGCGAUCGAUCAUCAGCGACUUCGCAGUCUUCCUGACGAUCAUGUUGAUGGUGGUCUUGGAUUAUUUGGUGGGAAUUCCGUCUCCUAAACUCAGUGUCCCAGACCGCUUCGAGCCUACCUCCAGCAAUCGCGGUUGGCUCAUCUCGCCGCUGGGCCCCAACCCCUGGUGGUCGAUUCUGGCCGCCGGCAUUCCCGCUCUUCUCUGCACCAUCCUCAUCUUCAUGGACCAGCAGAUUACCGCAGUCAUCAUCAACAGGAAGGAAAACAAGCUGAAGAAAGCCUGCGGGUACCAUCUGGAUCUGCUGGUGGUGGCGGUGAUGAUGGCAGUGUGCUCCGUCAUGGGCCUGCCCUGGUUCGUGGCGGCGACUGUUCUCUCCAUCACGCACCUCAACAGCCUGAGGGUGGAGUCGACGUGCACGGCCCCAGGCGAGCAGCCCAAGUUCCUGGGCGUCCGGGAGCAGCGAGUGACCGGUUUCAUGAUUUUCCUCCUCAUGGGUUGCUCCGUCUUCAUGACUUCUGUCCUCAAGUUCAUCCCGAUGCCUGUCCUUUAUGGCGUUUUCCUCUACAUGGGGGUGUCCUCGCUCAAAGGCAUCCAGCUCUUCGACCGCAUCCAACUGUUCGCCAUGGCGUCGAAGCACCAGCCGGACCUCAUCUACCUUCGAUACGUGCCGCUGAGGAAGGUCCACGCCUUCACUGCCGUGCAGCUGAGUUCCCUGAUCAUCCUGUGGGUCAUCAAAGUUUCCGCCAUCGCCGUCGUAUUCCCGAUGAUGGUUCUGGCGCUGGUGUUCGUCCGGAAGGUUAUGGACUUCGGGUUCAGCAAGCGAGAGCUGAGCUGGCUGGACGACCUCAUACCGGAGAGCAAGAAGAAGAAGAAGGAUGAUGACAAGAAGAAGAGGGAGACUAUAGACGCCGAUUGGAAUUUGGAAGGGGCGGUCGACAACUCCGCGUACGACGCCGAAGACGCAAACGUCAUUGAGAGCCCCAUGAAAAGUGUGAAACGCCAGACGGAGCUGUCCGAGGUGAGCAUCUCGAGUGAGACGGGCAAAAAAGGCCUGUGGAAGUCGCUCUCCAUGACGAAGGACGCCAACAAAGCUCAGAAGCCAGGGAGCCAGGAGCCUGAUCCCAGGGUGAGCGUGGCUUUUGAAGAAGGUGUGAGGGUUAAAGACGUCGAGACGGUGCUAUGACCCGCAGGUGCACGGCGUCGCCAAUAUCGGGGCCGAUUCAACUCCUGCGUCAAAGUCACAGAGGACUAAAUAGGUUCCUCGUCUCCCUGACAACCAGGGUUUUUUGUCUGUUAAAAUCCUCCUUUUAUGCUGAAAUCUGUAUUACCUGACAAAAAAAACAUACUUUUAUUUGAAAAUACUCUACUUUUAUUUUGACAAAUAAUUGUAUAGAUAGAUUCUGUAUAGAUUGUAUACUACAGGAAAAUCACAUUUAUUUAAAGAAAUGACAUUGUGGUACAAUGUAAAGAGGUCAAUGUACAGCUUGUUAAACAUUAUCAUCUAUUUACCCUUCACUCAUAACAUUUUUGACCAUUUUAACGCUUGAAUUCUCCCGGGCAUGGAAUUCCCGAGAGGUUCACAGUUUUCCACUGAAAUCCGCUUCGUACUCGUAUACUGUCCACAAUUAUUGUUGCACCGUGUCCGCUACUGUAAAUCAUGUGACGUACAGUAAACUUUCUCUGGCUCAAGCUGUCAUUGUCAAUUAUGAAUACAUCGCUUAGGUUUUUGUGUUUUUUCGUUCUGUCGACUGAAUUUGUCUAUUAUAAUAUCUUGGAAACCAUAUCAAAUAAAAUUUACAGUGUCCCAAGA